AGCAUGAUUGGCGGCCGCGCCUGCCUGUGAGGCCAGGGCGUGGGCGGGGCGUGGCUCGGAGCGCGAAAGAUGGCGCGGUACUACGCUGGCUGCGGCCGCGGCGGCGACGACUACUCAGAGGACGAGGGCGAUAGCAGCGUGUUCAGGGCGGCUGUGGAGGUGUUCGGGAAGCUGAAGGACCUAAACUGCCCCUUCCUCGAUGGUCUGUAUAUCACAGAGCCAAGGACAAUUCAGGAACUGCUGUGCAGCCCCUCGAAGUACCGCUUGGAGAUCCUGGAGUGGAUGUGUACACGGAUCUGCCCCUCGCUGCAGGACAGGCUCAGCUUGCUGAAAGGGGUCCCGACAGAGGUGAAGAUCCAAGAAAUGACAAAGCUGGGCCAUGAGCUGAUGCUGUGUGCACCAGAUGACCAGGAGCUCCUCAAGGGCUGUGCCUGCGCCCAGAAGCAGCUGCACUUCAUGGACCAGUUGCUCAACGUCAUCCAGAGCCUGACUGUUGGGUGCUCCAGUUGCUCGAGCCUGAUGGAGCACUUUGAGGACACCAGGGAGAAGAACGAGGCCUUGCUGGGGGAGCUCUUCUCCAGCCCCCACCUGCAGUUGCUCCUGAAUCCAGAGUACGACCCAUGGCCCCUGGACAUGCAGCCCCUCCUCAACAAGCAGAGUGAGAACUGGCAGUGGACCAGCACCUCUGCCAAGUCCGAGGAGGAGGAGAAGCUGGCGGAGCUGGCCAGACAGCUGCAGGAGAGUGCCGCCAAGUUGCAGGCGCUUAGAAUGGAGUACUUUGCACAGCACGAGCAAGGGGCCGCUGCGGGUGUGGCCAGUGUCGGCACCCUAGACCAGAAGCUGCGUCUGGUCACCUCCGACUUUCACCAGCUCAUCUUGGCUUUCCUCCAAGUCUACGAUGAUGAGCUGGGCGAGUGCUGCCAGCGUCCCGGCCCUGACCUCCACCCCUGCGGCCCCAUCAUCCAGGCCACGCACCAGAAUCUGACUUCCUACAGACAACUGCUGCAAGUGAUCGUGGCAGUCGCUGACACGUCUGCGAAAGCUGUGGAGACUGUGAAGAAGCAGCAGGGUGAGCAGAUCUGCUGGGGCAGCAGCAGCUCCGUCGUGAGUCUAGCUGCCAAGAUGAAUGAACUACUGGAGAAAUACAAAGUCUUCAGUGAUGGCCCACGCAAACGCACAGGAUAGUGGGGGCAGGAAGCCCUCUCCUGAGACUGGCGUGGCUGGGGAGUGAUGAGCGUGGCAGCAGAAGCCCUUGCAGCCCCACGUUGUGCUCUCGGCAGCGACCUUUGGCCCCGUUGGGGAGGGAGAGACAGAUGGGCAGUUUGAUUCAGACACAAAGAAAGCCUGUUUCUAAGCA